UUCAGACAUUACUUUGAAAACAACCAGAGGUGGUGUCUGACAAAUUAAGGGCCGAUACGAGCAGAAAAACGCCGUUAAAUGCUGAAAUAAGCAGCGGACCUUGCCGUGUUUCUGAACUGAAAUUUGAGACCCGAACACAACCGAGCCAACCCGAACCAACCCGAAGAAAUCCAAAACGAGGAGCCGGAUAGUGGGCGGGGCUUAGCGAGGUGCGCUUCGGCUAACAGAACAAAAUCAGCGACACACUGAAACCGAGCUUCAUUCAACAAGUGCACCGAAGCUGGGAUGUUUACAGCACAUUAUAGGAAGGGAAGUUUAUUUGUAUUUUUUUUAAGUACGUAUAUUAAUUUUUUCCCGGAAUAAGGCUGAUGAUGUGGGCAUUCAUCCUCAUUUUCUCCUCCUGUGUCACAGCUCAGGUGGCAUCACAAGAAAUUAAAGCGGAAUGUGAAGAAUUUCAAGGUUAUGGUUUUCCUCCAGUCAGCACUGAUGCUGCCCCGUCUUCUCUGGCGGACCUGAAAGUGGAGCUGGUGACAGUGGGAGGAAGGAACAUGCUGAACAUUAGCUGGGCAAUCAACAUCGACUCCAGUAUUUGUCACCUGAACGGCACCCGGAUCAUGAUUUCAGGGGAACCAGAGUACCGCUGUGAAUACAACCCACCUCUGGCCCAAAUACAACGCUUUGAAUCACAGCAGAAAUGGUUUCAUUAUUUAGUAAAAGCAAGUCAUGGCCUCUGUGAUAUACAAGCUGCCAAUCUCCCUUUGCCUCCUCUGGGCAGCGGCAGUCCUUACAAGGACGCCAGUCUCGAGAUCCCCCGUCCAAGAGCAACUUUUCCUUCAGUUAUGCCAAAGUCUACUGAAUUUUCUAAAGCUAUCACUCCUGAGCCCACGCCUCCAGGCCUGAAAACGAAAGAUGUCAUCGUUGCAGUUUUUGGAAGCCUGGCUGGUUUGGUGAUCCUGAGUUCCUGCUACCUGAUCUACAAAAACUUUGGACUGAAUGUUGCCACCUCAUUGGGUUUCCAGAAUUUACCCGAAGCGGUUCCCGUCCCUGUCCUCGUGGUCUACCCAGCUGAGAACUCGGCCUUCCAGCGGGCCGUGGUGGCACUGGCUGAGUUCCUGCAGUGGCACGGCGGCUGCAGUGUGGCCUUUGACAUGUGGCACCAGGGGAAGGUGGCCGAGCUGGGGCCGAUGCGCUGGCUGGCGGAGCAGGUGAAGGCGGCGGACCGAGUGCUCAUCGUCUGCCCAGGAGUGGAGACGACCGUCCAGUGUCCUCCUCACCACAGCUUCCCAGAACCCUCCAUUCCAGCUGCAGCUUGUGACCUCUACCCUCUGGUCCUCAACAUGGUGGCGAGCCACGCAAAGAGCGCAGACGAGCUGGCCAAGUUCUGGGUGGUGCAGCUGGGCGAGCGGCAGGACAAGAAGCCGUCCACCUUGGCGCUGGAGCUGAGGACCUGCAGGACUUUUCGUCUGAUGAAGGAUCUAAAGAAGCUCUGUAAGGGUCUUCAUGCUGCGAGGCGGAGCGACAGGAAGAUAUCAGAUCUGCUGCUCAGACCGGGAUUCUCCUACAGCGAGAAGAGCACAGAAAAGUUAACGGAAGCAGUGGAGAUGCUGAGGGGGAAUCAGACAAGAUCUUCCAAAGAGACGCAACCAUUGAGAUCUGUAAUCAGCACCGUGUGAACCAUACAUCCUAUAAUGCGAUGGUAGAAGUUGGUCGAUUUUCUGAGGGUCUCUGCUGGGUCUUCUUCACCACUUCCCUGGUGUUCACUCCCUAUGUCAGAUCCUCUGAGAAAUGAACACCUUGGUACUUGAAACUCCCUCCCUGUUCCACUUCUUCUCCAGUGACUGGCAUGUGUUGUGUCCUCAUUGUGUUUCCUGAAGUCAGUCACAAGCUCCUUUGUCCUGUUGGUGCUGAGGAGGAGGUCAUUGUUCUGACACCAGGACGUGAGGGCCGGGACCUCUUCCUGGUUGGUUAUCCACCCACCACGGCUGUCAUCUGCAGAUCUGUAUGUGUAGUUUGAGUAAUGAGUGGGAGUGCAGUUGUGUGUGAAAAGUGAGCAUAAGAGUGUAGUGAGAAGACAACGUUGGGGGCUGUUGGUGUGGAGGAUGGUGUGUGAGGAGAUGAGGUCUCCGAUUCUGUUAGAGAGGAAGUUCUUAACCUAAAUCUGAUGACUUAAUCUAUUGCCCCUGUGUGUGUUUUAAAUCUUUGGUUUGGAAUAAAAUCAAAGCUACUAAUUUCUACUUUCCAAAGACAUGCUACUUUAUUCAGACUUGCUUCUUUAGUGUCUGUCGUCAUGUAGAGAAUGUAAACUGCUUCAACUUCUUUUUGCCCUUUUUGUAUAAAAUGUCCAAACAAUAA